AUGAAUGAUCCAGCUACGGAGACGUCCACUACCACGAACAGUACCAGUGAACAGGAUCAAUCUCGUCGCACGAAAAGCGGAUCGCGUAAGCAAACGAUGAGUGAGCACAGACCCAGAACACAACCGGAAUCACAGUAUUCAUUGUGCCCGUUUUUUUACACCGGAAGUUUGGCAGAUGCUGUCAAGUUGUGUGAAAGACCAUCCGGGAGACCGUGGCCAGUUCUUCUACUCUAUUUACAUAACGAUGAUAGUCCACACACUGGAGAUUUUGUCAACAACAUUUUAUGCUCACUCCGUGAAGAUUAUAAAUUCGACGAUACCUGCAUAUGCACGACGCAACCAAACGGCCCAAGUCGUGAUCGUUUUGGAGAUGUAGUUUCCCGAGUUGUGCCGGACAAAAAUGACUGUUUGCUCCCAGCCGACUUGGCAACAAAUUCUACGCCCGCGUCAAGCAAACAAAAUCAACGAACCUCCAUGUUUGGGCACAAAGAAGACACUCAACAGAUUUCGAAUUGGGUCAAUCCGGAUAAAGGGACGCGUGCGUCGUUUGCGGCUACACGAAGGGGAAUCAUGCCAUGUGACCAGUCGACUCAGACAAAUAAACCAGAUCGAGACCGGGACCCAGUGCCGAAUGCGAAUGAAAAUGCCCUUCAAACGAAAGAAAAGAAGUACUCACCCGGUAAAUUGGUCAUGAAGACAACUCCAAAAUCAACUCAACCCUCGAACGAACUGGAACAGAAUGAUUUGAAGUGUACAGCAUACAAUGCAAUGUUUCCCGACUGGAAUUAUGCAACCGAUUCCGAUGAGCUUAUCAACGCGGAGCCAUUGCCACUUUCAGUGAAUUAUCCGGCGUGCGGUGAGCAUGAGGACUUGGAAAAUUCAACAAAAAGGGAUGAGGAUGCAGCGGGAAAAUCCGACGUGAAUACGGCGCAUGGAACCGCUUUUAAGACAAAAUCUUUUCGUACCCUUUUACUCGAACGUAGUGCUGGUCUCAUCCCAUGGGAUUGUACCGAUCUACGCGGUCGGUCGUUUUUGGCUGCCGCAUUUCCUGGUACGCGACUGGUUCAAUGGUUGACUGAAUGGCAUAAGGUAAAUGUGUAUUACUUAGGUAGUUUCUUCAUUCAAAUUCAUCUAAUUGUCACAGAGUUGAGAUGA